CCCGCCCGCCCUUUCCCGCGGGCAGCCCCCUAGCGCGCCUGCGCAGCGGGCCACCCUCCGCUUCCCCCUUCUCCUCCCCCUCCCUUCUCCCUUCCUCCCUUCUCCCCUGGCCCCCCCCCACUACCCCCCCCCCCCAAUCUCCAUCCCCUCCUCCUGGUCUCGGAGGACCCCGUCCUACCCCGACCCGUCCCGCAACCUCCGCGAAGCCGUCGGUGCCACUCCCCGCCCAUGUGGGCCCCCGCGGGCUGCCCACGCCUGUCCCCCACCUCCCGGUUCCGCUGGGCUUUCCCCUCGCCGGGGGUGGCUUUCUGAGCCGCCCGCUCCGCGCCCCUCUCUGCAGCCUUUCCUGCCACUCGGGGCCCCCGUUCCCCCUCCCGGUGGCGGGGGGCUGCCCCCGGGGGGCUGGCGGAGCUGGGCCGCGGGGGCCCCGGGGCCGGCGGUGCCGGGGUCAUCGGGAUGAUGCGGACGCAGUGUCUGCUGGGGCUGCGCACGUUCGUGGCCUUCGCCGCCAAGCUCUGGAGCUUCUUCAUUUAUCUUUUGCGGAGGCAGAUCCGCACGGUAAUUCAGUACCAGACUGUUCGAUAUGAUAUCCUCCCCCUAUCUCCUGUGUCCCGGAAUCGGCUAGGUCAGGUGAAGAGGAAGAUCCUGGUGCUGGAUCUGGAUGAGACGCUUAUCCACUCCCAUCACGAUGGGGUCCUGAGGCCCACAGUCCGGCCUGGAACGCCUCCUGACUUCAUCCUCAAGGUGGUAAUAGACAAACAUCCCGUCCGGUUUUUUGUACAUAAGAGGCCCCAUGUGGAUUUCUUCUUAGAAGUGGUGAGUCAGUGGUACGAGCUGGUGGUGUUCACAGCAAGCAUGGAGAUUUACGGCUCUGCCGUGGCAGAUAAACUGGACAAUAGCAGAAGCAUCCUCAAGAGAAGAUACUACAGACAGCACUGCACUUUGGAACUGGGCAGCUACAUCAAGGACCUCUCUGUGGUCCACAGCGACCUCUCCAGCAUCGUGAUCCUGGAUAACUCCCCAGGGGCUUACAGGAGCCAUCCAGACAAUGCCAUCCCCAUCAAAUCGUGGUUUAGUGACCCCAGUGACACCGCCCUUCUCAACCUGCUUCCGAUGCUGGAUGCGCUCAGGUUCACUGCUGAUGUCCGUUCUGUGCUGAGCCGAAACCUUCACCAACACAGGCUCUGGUGACAGCUGCUUCCCCUCCACCUGAGUCGGGGUGGGGGGGGAAAGGGAGGGUGAGCCCUCAGGAUGCCGCCUGCUGCCCUGUCCGGUGGUGAGGACUGUGUGGGCAGGGUCUGCCCCUCCCGCCCCUCUCUGCCCUGGAAGCCCUGCACUCCAGAUGGAGUCUGGAUGGACACAUGGGCCAGACUCUGAAGCAGCCUCACUCUAACUUCGUGUUUGCACUCCCUGGAAACCCCAGACUGGGACAGGAGCGGAGGCCUAGGAGAGCUGACACUGUCUGGUGGAGAGACAGGACUGGGCAGAGUGACAGACAUUCGGUAAUCCAGGAGGCUCAAAGAAAAGCCAAGCCAGCUUUGUUGUGAUUUGAUUUUUUAAAAACUCUUGUACAAAA